AUGAUGGCAAAGCAUCAAACACGUGUGGGCCCGGAAUACCAGGCCGUCAUCCCAACGGAAAAAUACUUUGCAGGCCCAAGACCAACGUUUGGGAGAUGCGUCAAUAAAGCGACUGUCGAUGGAGUGUCGCGAGCAGAUACCGCGGAGGCUGCUGGGAUUAUGAUGUUCAGGUGCGACGCAAUAUCUAAAGAAGCACUCAACACGUAUAUGACAACAGCAGAACGAAUGACCCCCCCAUACGUCAAGUUCGAUCGAACAGAAGCUCUCCAAUUUUUACAUAACAAUGAUUACAUCGUCGAAGACGCUUUGCUUCAACUUAAAGUAAAUAUGGACAACCAAAAUAGGUACAACUCGAACCAAUUCAAAAGAGAGAUGCACUUCAACCAUUUUGACUGA